GGCAAUGGAGGCAUUGAAUAUCCACCUCGAUCGGUCUCCUUAAUUUAUUCUUUCCUUUUGGUAAUUUAUAUAGUUUCUUUGGGAUAUUCUGCCGCCACUGCAAAACAUCCAAAACUCCAGCAGCUAGCAGUUUAAUUUGAUCUUUUAUAUUAUAGCAUUUAAGCAUUAGGUUUCAAUUUUUGUCAGUAAUUAAUGGCUCCUGCAGACAAAUCAUUGAAGUUUGUUCUUCUAGUCUCAUGCUCCCUUAUCGUCCUCAACCUUUUCUGUAUUGAUCCCGUCCAUGCCCUAGACCUCGGUCUUAAAGUUAAAGGACCUGCUAAAGCUCUGGUUAAACACUUCAAGUGCAGUAGAAAAUGCGAGUCAGAAUUCUGUAAAGUUCCUCCACUCCUGAGAUAUGGCAAGUACUGUGGGCUAUUAUACGGUGGAUGCCCUGGGGAGAAGCCUUGCGAUGCCCUCGACGCUUGCUGCAUGGAUCAUGAUGCUUGUGUGGGAAAUAAAAACCAUGGUUAUGGCUAUCUAAACAAAGAGUGCAGCCGAAACUUACUGAAAUGUAUGGCAAAGGUUAAAAAGUCAGGAGCUGAGACGUUUAAGGGGAGCAAAUGCCAAGCUGGUGAGGUGAUCGAUGUUAUUACUGACGUCAUUAAAGUUGCUUUAGGUGCUGGAAAAUUUGUUCCCCCAUCAAAAUAGCAUUAGCUAGGCUGAAUUUUCCUUGCUCGAUCGAUCUGAACGGAGAUCUAGAGGGAACAAGUUUAAUCUCUCUCUCUCUCUCUAAAAGGUCAUGAUUUCAGUACUGGGGGCAACAGUUCUUUUGUUCUCUCUGUGUUUUUGUUUCAUGGGUAAAUGAAGGUUUUAAAAAGUAAUUAAGCCAGUGUUAAGAGUGCGUAUUGCAAUUGGAUUGAAUCAACUAAUUAUAUAUUAACAACU